ACGUUGAGUAUCGUAUACUCCCGGCUUCUCUAACCCUAAUUCCAACCCUAGCUGAUGCUUCUCCUCUUCCCCGAGCCUGAAUCCACCGCCAGCUUUGCCCUUCACGAUCACUUCCUCACCAAGAUGCGCAUUCUCACGGGCGAAGAUGUGUCUGGACUACUGCGUAGCUUGUCAUCAAAUGAUGCUCGAGAACUACUAAACUCCUUCUCCCAAGGAUUGGCAGACUACUCCAAGGCAAAGGGCUCGAGCAACGCCAACAUCAUUCAACCCGCGCGAGUCGUCUUUCAAAAUGCCGGUCAAAACACCGUGCUGACCAUGCCAGUGUCUGAUGGCGAUACGGUAGUAAAGGUGGCCACCGUACCGCACAAAGGCGACAUUGCUGGUGCAAUUACCGUCUACAACUCUGUUGGCGAACUGCAGGGCGUUUUGAAUGCCGCCGAAAUUACAGCGUUCAGGACGGCGCUGGCGAGCAUGACGAUUCUCACUCGUUGGCCUGCCCCAUCACAUCCCAGUGUAUGUGUUUUUGGCUCUGGCAAGCAAGCCGAGUGGCACCUUCGUCUGGCCUUGCUCCUCAUUCCCGGCAUUACGAAAGUCAUCAUCUUCAACCGUGGUGCAAAGCGAUUGAAGGAUCUGGAAAGCGCUGUACUCUCUGGACUGAGAGAUGUCCAUUCUAGCGUGGAGUUUGAGACUGUGGCCAGCGAGGGCAACUCUUCUUAUUCGAGCACAUUAAGAGAGCGGUUGGCAAAGGCAGACAUCAUAUGCUGCUGCACACCGUCCACCGAGCCUCUCUUCACCAACGGCGAGCUGCAGAGUACUUCAAAGUCCCGCUUCAUGUCAUUGAUCGGAUCCUACAAGCCGAGCAUGCAUGAGAUCGAUGCGGACACCCUCAGAGCCGCUCGAGAAUCCGGGAAGAUCUACGUUGAUACCGAAGAAGGCUGCUUAGAAGAAGCUGGGGAGCUCAUAUCCGCCGGCUUUGGUCCCGAUGAUCUGAUUGAAGUCGGACAGCUGUUUGCGCAAACGGGGCCGGCUGGAUCGGAGGUUGACGGUGAGCGGAGCCUGACCAUCUUCAAGUGCGUAGGCUUUGGCUUUAUGGAUCUUCUCGUCUCAAAGUCGCUCUUGAGCAUGGCGGAAGAAGCCAGCAAGGGCAAUGUUGUGGACGACUUCUAGAAACUGGGAAACGCUCAAUCUCGCGCAUCGUCCCUCGGCGACACGACAAUGCUGCAUUCCAGCCGUAUCUGCUAUCGCCGUUAUCUCCGAUUGUCUACGUACUAGAUCUGCGCUUGGGUCCAGACGUUGUGGAAUCUCCCAGCCGUACCGGUAU